AUGUUUCGUCUACCCACAAUCAUGAAGCAGGUGAGGCCAGUGUGCAGGACGCUAGCGCCUCACCUCACGCGCACCUACGCAAAGGACGUCAAGUUUGGUGCAGACGCCCGGGCGCUCAUGCUGCAGGGGGUUGACCUGUUGGCCGAUACUGUCGCUGUAACUAUGGGCCCGAAGGGUCGCACAGUCAUCAUUGAGCAGAGCUGGGGCAGCCCCAAGGUAACCAAAGAUGGCGUGACUGUGGCCAAGAGUAUCGACCUGAAGGACAAGUACAAGAACAUUGGUGCCAAGCUUGUGCAAGAUGUUGCUAACAACACCAACGAGGAGGCCGGAGACGGGACUACCACCGCCACCGUGCUUGCGCGCGCCAUCGCCAAGGAAGGCUUCGACACGAUCAGCAAGGGAGCCAACCCCGUGGAGAUCCGCCGCGGUGUCAUGAUGGCCGUCGAGACCGUCAUUAAUGAACUUAAGCAGCUAUCCAAGCCCGUCACCACACCUGAGGAGAUUGCACAGGUUGCCACCAUCUCAGCCAAUGGCGACACAGAGAUUGGGAAUAUCAUCUCCAACGCCAUGAAGAAAGUUGGUCGCAAAGGAGUCAUCACUGUGAAGGAUGGAAAAACUCUUCAUGAUGAGUUGGAGGUCAUUGAGGGUAUGAAGUUUGACCGUGGUUACAUCUCCCCAUACUUUAUCAACAGCGCCAAGGGUCAGAAAUGUGAAUUCCAGGAUGCCUACCUGCUGCUCAGUGAAAAGAAAAUCUCUAGCGUCCAGAGCAUUGUACCCGCCCUGGAGAUCGCCAACCAGCACCGCAAGCCUCUGGUCAUCGUGGCAGAGGAUGUGGAUGGAGAGGCUCUCAGCACCCUGGUCCUUAACAGGUUGAAGGUCGGCCUGCAGGUUGUUGCAGUCAAAGCACCUGGCUUCGGAGACAAUAGGAAGAACCAGCUGAAGGAUAUGGCUGUUGCCACUGGAGGCACUGUAUUUGGCGAUGAUGCUUUGGGGUUGGCUUUGGAGGACAUCCAAGCGCACGACUUCGGCAAAGUAGGCGAAGUGCAGAUAACCAAAGACGACACGCUGCUCCUGAAAGGAGCGGGAGCGGCAGCCGACGUGGAGAAGCGGGCGGCCGAGAUCGUGGAGCAGUUGGAAAACACCACCAGCGACUACGAGAAAGAGAAGCUCAACGAACGCCUGGCCAAGCUCUCAGACGGCGUCGCCGUGCUCAAAGUCGGAGGGACAAGCGAUGUCGAAGUUAAUGAGAAGAAGGAUCGCGUGACCGAUGCCCUGAAUGCCACUCGGGCUGCCGUGGAGGAAGGCAUCGUGCCUGGUGGUGGCUGCGCUCUGCUGCGCUGCAUUCCUUCAUUGGACACCAUCAAAGCUGCCAACGCAGACCAGAAGAUUGGCGUGGACAUCAUCAAACGAGCACUGCGCAUCCCUGCCAUGACCAUCGCCAAGAACGCUGGCGUUGAGGGCUCCCUAGUGGUGGAGAAGAUUCUGCAGGGGCCCGCCGAGGUGGGAUACGAUGCCAUGUUGGGCGAAUACGUCAACAUGGUGGAGAAGGGCAUCAUUGACCCUACCAAGGUGGUGCGGACGGCCCUCUUGGACGCGGCGGGCGUAGCCUCACUGCUCUCCACCGCAGAGGCGGUCGUCACAGAGAUCCCCAAAGAAGAAAAGGAGAUGGGGGCCGGCGGGAUGGGCGGCAUGGGUGGUAUGGGGGGCAUGGGCGGCGGCAUGGGCUUCUAA